AGGAAAAUUCAAGAGCAAGACCAAGAAAUUAAAUAAUUAAAUAAAUCUAAAGGACCGCUUUCUGAAAUAAAGGGCGUAUGAUCACUGUACAUCUAGGCCGCCUAUCCAGAAGAUGGCGAAGGCAGUCUUGAUCGAUCUGUGGCACUUAGGAACAGACGCUUGGAACAAGGGGAUCCAGGACUCCAUUACUGGUGUAUUAGAAACCAUAGUGAAGGAAGAUGUCUCCCGGAGCCCAUUUGUGUAUCUCAUGUGCUUCCAGGCCCACAGCAAUGAAAAAAAUGGCAAGGACCUGCUUCAGAAAGCCUUGAAAAGUUUCCAUUGCCCUGGGAAAGGGCUCGAGGUGGUGAGCGCUGAAACCUUUGCUGCUGUUUUAUACGCCCUUAAGCAGAAGCUGGAUGAAAAGGACGUGGAGGUGGUCACCGUCAUGCUGUCACCGGAGAGAAAAUCCUUCAUGAGAACGUACAUUGACCAGCUGUUUACUAGCCUUUACCAGUUUGAGUUUAUAGAUCUAGGGAUAAAAUCUGAAGAAAGCCCCUUGAAGACAUCCUUAGAGCUACAGAGUAAAACAGGGCCUCUCUCAGAUCCUGAUGUGGAAAGGAUCCAGAUGGAAAUAAAGCAGUUUUUGGAAAGUCUUCCCAGUCUGAAAGGAAACCCCACUGUCCUCAAAUCUUUAUUGAUCCCAGAUCAUAUUUUCUUGCACGGAUUCACGACGAGGACAGGAGGCAUCUCUUAUAUACCGACUUUGAGCUCUUUUAAUCUCUUUAGUAGUUCAAAGCGGCGGGACCCACCAGCCGUGGUUAAGGAAAACCUUCGAAGAUUAUCCAGCGCUGUUGGAUUCAACCAAGAUACGUAUCAUAGUAUCAAGGUCAACCAUGCCAAUGACGUUUGGGUGAUGGGAAAACCCCAACCAGAUAGCUAUGAUGGAAUCGUAACCAAUCAAAGAGGCGUGACUGUAGCGGCUCCUGGAGCAGACUGCAUUCCUGUGCUAUUUGCUGACCCGGUCCAAAAAGUGUGCGGGGCUGCUCAUUCAGGUUGGCAAGGCACAUUACUAGGGGUUUCUAUGGCUGUAGUUAAUGCUAUGGUAACAGAAUAUGGUUGUAACGUGAAAGAUAUCCUCGUAGUUCUUGGACCAUCUGUUGGGCCCUGCUGCUAUAGGUUACCCCAGGAAUCAGCAGAAAAGUUUUACAAGAUUGAUCCAAAAUGCGUAAGAUGUUUUGAAUCCCCCAGUCCUUACGUUGAUAUUCGGAGAGCAACACGAGUUCUCCUAGAAGCUGGAGGGAUUCUACCCACGAACAUUCAGGAUGAUUCCAUAACAGACCCAAAUCAAAACCUCACUCUUUGCACAUCAUGUUUUCCUGACAAGUUCUAUUCACAUGUUCGAGAUGGAGAAAACUUUGGAACCCAGAUUGGCUUCAUAUCUAUUAAAAACUGAGGGAACAUUCUAAACAGUGGAAACUAUUAAUGAAGGCUGAUGAACUUUCCUUAUCAGUGGAAAGUUCCUACCAACAGUUAUAAUUUCCAGCCAUUUUUAAAUAAAAUAAUGAUCUUACAAAUACA